AUGCCUCACACUGGUGGCAUCAACGUCGGCAAUAUGCCAAACUUUCUAUCAAACAGCAUGACUACUGUCAAUUCAUCUUACGCUUCCAAAACUCCAAGCGUCAGUACCACUGAGAUACAUUCGCCUACGCAAACCACACCACAGGAAAAGACCAAGCCAUUGCCAUCUCAACGAUGCAUGGACCAGGCUAGGCCUCUUAAGGUCAUCUACAUUGGCGGUGGCAUUUCGGGUAUCUGUGGUGCCAUCGAGUUCCGCAAGCAAGUGCCAGAUGUAGAUCUGGUCAUCUACGAGAAAAACCCCGACCUCGGUGGAACAUGGUUUGAGAAUAGAUACCCUGGCUGCGCAUGUGAUGUUCCAGCGCACGCUUACCAGUUGACCUACGAGUCCUCACCAAGAUGGAGUUCCUUCUUCGCAUCAGCGCCCGAGAUCCUCCAAUAUUGGAAAGAUGUUGCCACGAAAUACGACAUUAGGAAGCACAUGCGCUUCCAACAAAAGUGCAUUGGUGCACGGUGGAGUGAAACGACCAACAAGUGGUAUGUGCAGCUCAAGAACUUGACCACAGGCGAGGAGUACCAAGACUCUGCCGACGUUCUUGUUACAGGAGAAGGUGACAAAUCUGUCGCCGUCAUUGGAUCCGGCAGCAGUGGUCUUCAAAUUGUGCCUGCGCUAUUGCCCGAUGUCAAGCACAUGGACCACUACGUCCGCGGCCGCUCUUGGAUCGUGGGACUUUUCGGAGAUCCAGAGACACGGCAGAGAAUCCAACAAGCAGGCGGCAACUUCAACUACACUGCCAAUGAAGUGAAGAAAUGGGAGACAGACCGCGAAUCAUACCUUGCAUACAGACGAGCCAUCGAGUACAACAUCAACAAGAACUUUGGAGUGCUCUUCCGUGGAUCCAAGGAACAGACCAACCUUCGCCAACUGGCUCAAGACUCGAUGAUGCAGAGACUCAAAGACAAGCCGGAAAUCUACGAUCAUUUGUUACCCGAGUUUUCGCCUUACUGCAAGCGUAUGUCGCCUGGGCCAGGAUACCUUGAGGCUUUGGCGUCCCCCAAGGUGAACACUAUCACCUGCGGUAUCUCUAAAAUCGAUGCGACUGGUGUUUACACUACAGAUGGAGAGCAUCACCCUGUUGACGCUAUCGUUUGUGCGACUGGUUUCCAGACCUCUCCCGCCAGCAGAAGUUUCCCCAUUUAUGGUGUGGACGGUGUGAACCUACGAGAACGCUUUCAAAAGCGCCCAGAAACAUACCUGAGUGUCUGCACAGAUGGAUUUCCCAACUUCUUCCAGUCAAUGGGUCCCAAUUCGAUGCCCGGAGCGGGCAGUCUGCUCCUUGUCAUCGAAAAGACAAAUUUCUACAUCGGCAAGAUCCUAGCACGCAUGGCGUUCGACAACAUCGUUCGAAUCGAACCCAAGCGCAACAUGGUCCAAGCCUUUACCAACUACUGCGACGAAUUCUUCAAACAAACUGUGUUUGCAGAAGAGUGCAAUUCUUGGUACAAGACGUACGAACAGGGCGCGUCUCGUGAGGAGCAAAAGAGAGGUCGUAUAACAGCUUUGUGGCCUGGAAGUAGUCUUCACUGCGUUCGCACAAUGAGUAAUCCUCGCUGGGAGGAUUUUGAGUACAAGUACUGCGAUGAUAAUGAGUUUGGCUGGUUUGGAAAUGGGUGGACGUUGGCGGAGAAGUACGUGACGGAGGAGUUGGAGUCGUUGACUUGGUAUCUGAAUGAUACGAAGAUUAUGGACAAGGUUGGGAAAGAGAACAAAUUGUAG